AUGUUUUCAAAGCUUCUCUGCAUAGCAUAUGCAUUGAAUGUCAGCGUCUGCGACACAGUCUCAACAAUUCUGUCUUUUGAGGUGUCGCAAUGGAUGAAAGAAGUCGUAGAAAACACGCAGUACUACAAAAAUGCGCCUGUAGAAUGCAUCCACAAUCAGACUACACCAACAGAACCGAAAACAACGGCAGAAGAAACGGCAACAGCUACAACAGCGCAGUCGCGACCAGUGGUGCCAGAAGCAGCUACAGAAGAAGAGGAAACGAAUACAAAGCCAGAACCGAAAACAACGGCAGAAGAAACGGCAACAGCUACAACACCGCAGUCGCGACCAGUGGUGCCAGAAGCAGCUACAGAAGAAGAGGAAACGAAUACAAAGCCAGAACCGAAAACAACGGCAGAAGAAACGGCAACAGCUACAACACCGCAGUCGCGACCAGUGGUGCCAGAAGCGGCUACAGAAGAAGAGGAAACGCAUCCAAAUACAAAGCCAACGCAGGAGUAA